AUGACCUCUUCAACUGUUGUGGCGGGGGGAAGGCGUGAGUCCGAGGCCGCCUGGCCCCCUGGAUCCUCUCUGAUUCCUGGUGCUGAAGUAAAUGGGUUUGACGGGAGGUGGCCUGUCGCUAUCGGUGGUGGUCGGCUGCCAUGGCUCGGUUUGGUAUUGGGAGGCGACAUCCGCCACCCAUCCGCCGCCAUGCAAACCCUCCAGUCCGCCGCCCUCCGCCCCUCUCCCAUAGAACCCCUCCGAUCUCGGCGCAACUCCUCCGCCAUCCCCGGCGGCAAUGCCCGGCCGCCGUCCAGGAGGCUCCCCUUCACAAUCUCCGCGUCCGCCCCCGCCGUCUCGGCCCCCAAGCGCGAGACGGACCCCAAGAAGCGCGUGGUUAUCACGGGUAUGGGCCUCGUGUCGGUGUUCGGGAACGAUGUGGACGCGUACUACGAGAAGCUGCUCGCCGGCGAGAGCGGCAUCACCCACAUCGACCGGUUCGACGCCUCGAAAUUCCCCACGCGGUUCGGCGGGCAGAUUAGGGAGUUCAAGUCAGAGGGCUACAUCGACGGUAAAAAUGACCGGAGAUUGGAUGAUUGUUUGAGAUACUGCAUUGUUGCGGGGAAGAAGGCUCUUGAAGGUGCGGAUCUUGGGGGCGAUAAGCUUAACCAGAUUGACAAGAUUCGAGCUGGUGUCCUUGUGGGAACAGGAAUGGGGGGACUUACUGUAUUUUCAGAUGGUGUCCAGGCUCUGAUAGAGAAGGGAUACAGAAAAAUCACUCCAUUCUUUAUCCCUUAUGCUAUAACAAACAUGGGAUCGGCCUUGCUCGCAAUUGAUCUCGGCCUAAUGGGACCAAAUUACUCGAUUUCAACUGCUUGUGCCACCUCAAAUUACUGCUUCUACGCGGCUGCAAACCACAUUCGUAGGGGCGAAGCUGAUUUGAUGAUUGCUGGCGGAACUGAAGCGGCCAUUAUACCUAUUGGAUUGGGAGGCUUUGUUGCUUGCAGGGCUUUGUCUCAGAGAAAUGAUGACCCGAAAACUGCUUCUAGACCUUGGGACAAAGACCGAGAUGGUUUUGUUAUGGGCGAAGGUGCUGGAGUCUUGGUUAUGGAAAGCCUGGAACAUGCAAUGAAAAGAGGCGCACCAAUAAUUGCAGAGUAUUUGGGAGGUGCAGUAAAUUGCGAUGCUUAUCACAUGACUGAUCCCAGAGCAGAUGGACUCGGUGUCUCUUCAUGUAUCCAGAGUGCCCUUGAAGAUGCUGGUGUUUCCCCAGAGGAGGUCAACUACAUUAAUGCCCAUGCAACUUCCACCAUAGUGGGAGACCUAGCCGAGGUAAAUGCCAUUAAGAAGGUAUUCAAGAACACCUCAGAGAUAAAAAUCAACGCAACUAAGUCAAUGAUAGGACACUGCCUUGGUGCUGCUGGUGGAUUGGAAGCUAUUGCGACAGUGAAAGCCAUAACAACAGGAUGGCUUCAUCCCACAAUAAAUCAGUUUAACCCAGAGCCUUCUGUUGAGUUCGACACCGUUGCAAACAAAAAGCAGGAGCAUGAAGUCAAUGUUGCCAUUUCGAAUUCAUUUGGGUUUGGUGGACACAACUCAGUUGUAGCAUUUUCUGCUUUCAAGCCUUGA